GACUGAGCUAUAAAACGGGACAACCUCAAUAUUUCACUUUUUCACUUUGUAUGGUCAUAUAAACAAGAGAGACAAAUUAAAGAACUCCCAUCUCUCUCUCUAUCUUUCUCUCAAAUAUAUAGGAGAAAGUGUAUCCAGCAAAAGGAGGAAUUUGCUGUUAGUUAUCAAGCAGUGUUUGGUGCAUAUGGAAGCCUUCUGCUUUCACUGGUUAUGUGUUGUUGCAUUUUCGUAUGUGUUACUGUUAUUUGCACAGAAAGCAUUCGUUCAUCUCUGGUGGACACCAAAAAGAAUUCAAAAACACUUCAAGAAUCAAGGAAUUACAGGUCCUAAAUACCAUUUUCUCUUUGGUAACCUCAAGGAAAUUGCAAGUUUUACUAGUGCUACUCCUUCUUGGCCUUCCUCUUUCAUCUCUCAUCAUGACAUUCUUCCCACUGUUCUCCCCUUCUACCAUCAUUGGAAGAAAAUAUAUGGUUCAAUAUUUGUUAUAUGGUUUGGACCAACGGCUCGUGUCACAAUUUCUGAUCCAGCUCUAAUUAGGGAUAUAUUUGUCCGGAAAUCAGACAACUUUGAGAAAAAUGAGUCACCGGCACUCGUAAAGAAGCUUGAAGGUGAUGGUUUGCUUAGUCUCAAAGGAGAAAAAUGGGCUCACCAUAGGAAGAUUAUUACUCCUACAUUUUACAUAGAAAAUCUCAGGCUAAUGAUUCCCAUGAUGGGAAAGAGUAUGAGGGAGAUGUUGGAGAAAUGGUCAAAAAUGUCAAACGCCAGUGGAAAAGUGGAAAUCGAAGUAUCAGAAAUGUUCUCGACAUUAUCAGAAGACGUCAUAACGCGUAUUGUGUUCGGAAGCAGCUACGAAGAUGGUCGAGCCAUCUUUGAGUUACAAGCACAACAAAUGGUUUAUGCCACUGAAGCUUAUCAAAAAGUAUUCAUCCCUGGAUACAGGUUCUUACCGACUAAAAAGAAUAGAAUUUCUUGGAGAUUGGAUAAAGAAGUAAGAAAAUCUUUGAUGAAGCUGAUUGAAGAAAGGAGAAAAAUUUCAAGUAAACAUCAUCAGGUGUUGUCAGAGGAAUGUCCGAAUGAUUUAUUGGAAGUGAUGAUCAAAGCUACUCAACAACAUCAUGAUGAUGAAUAUAGAAAUAGUUCAUCAAACAUGACAGUUAAUGACAUUGUCGAAGAAUGUAAGACCAUUUUCUUUGCCGGCAAACAUACGACGUCGAAUUUGCUGACGUGGACGACCAUCUUACUGGCCAUGCAUCCUCAGUGGCAGGAAUUAGCACGUGAGGAAGUUUUGCGUGUCUGCGGAGCACGUGAUCCUCCCUCUAAAGACGAUCUUUCUAAGCUCAAGACGCUUGGAAUGAUCCUGAAUGAAUCCGUUCGUCUGUAUCCACCGGCAGUGGCAGCAAUCAGACGUGCCAAAACAGAUACACAAUUAGGUGAUUUCUCACUACCUAGAGGGACUGAACUCCUUAUACCAAUUAUAGCAAUUCAUCAUGAUCAAACACUAUGGGGAGAAGAUGCUAACGAAUUUAAUCCAGCAAGAUUUGGUCGAGGUGUUGCACAAGCAGCUAAACACCCCAUGGCGUUCAUGCCUUUUGGCCUCGGCGCUCGACGAUGCGUCGGGCAAAAUUUAGCGGUGCUGCAAGCUAAAUUAGCAAUAGCUAUGAUCUUGCAACGGUUCUCGUUUGAUCUUUCUCCAAGUUACAAACAUGCUCCUACUAUUUUGAUGUUAUUGUGUCCACAGUAUGGUGCUCCUAUUAUAUUCCAAAAGUUGUAGUUGACAUGCAGAGUCAUAUAUAAUCUAUAGUAUGUGCAUGCUUGUACAAAACAAAAAAUUUUCCAGAUCAAAUGUUCUGUAUCUACAAUCCAA